AUGGCGCCCCCUCAUUUGCGUCCGUCGGCGGAGGGAGAGGAAGCGGGUGGCGGCAACGGUGGCCUGGUCGUGACGGCGAUCGCCAUCGACAGAGACAAGAACAGCCAAUCCGCAGUCAAAUGGGCGGUGGAGAAUCUGAUCAAGAAGACGGCCUCCCAGUGUAUUCUCCUUCACGUCAGGACCCAUGGCGAUUAUUCAGGCAAGCUUCUUCUUUUAUAUCAAGCUCUACGGUCUGAGCUGCAGCAAUUUUUCCUUCCCUACCGUGGAUUCUGUGCUCGAAGAGGGAUUGCAGCAAAGGAAAUUAUCCUCCCUGACAUUGAUGUUCCCAGUGCACUACUUCAUUACGUAGCUAAUAACUCCAUCAGCAACAUUGUGGUUGGUGUGUCCAGUCGCAAUGCAAUUACAAGAAAAUUCAAAACUCCUGAUGUGCCGACUAGCUUAAUGAAAUCAGCACCGCCAACCUGUUCUGUUUAUGUUAUAUCCAAGGAUAAACUUCAAACCGUUAGAGCCGCAACUAGGCGUCUCAUAAUAUCUUCUGCACCGACAUGCAUCAAAGAUACGCCCAAUAAGAGUUCUCCCAGGGGAAAUCAACCUAACAUCCAAUCAAAGACUCCGGACUCUUUCGAUAUUGACAGGAGUACAUAUAGUGUUGGCAGUUUGAGAAGUCAGAGCUCUGAUAGUGCAUGCUCCGAGAAAAGUACUGAUGUUAGGCAGAUGAACCUCGACAGCUGGAGGGCAAAUAGGUUACCCUCAGUACGGCCAUUGGAAGCUUACAUAAUGGAGAAUUUAUCUUCUGAAAGUUCUUCGUCAGAUGCCACCGAUUUUUCUGGACAGUUAAGUUAUCGCUCAUCUUCUGAGAAUGUACAAGGAUCCUCAGUGCCAGAGAAUUCCAUAGGCUCUUUCUCCUCACAUGCCUCUCGAGGCCUGGAAGCAGAAAUCGAAAAACUAAAACUUGAAUUUAAGCAGUCCUUGUCUACUUACAACGUGGCAUGCGAAGAAGUGUCUGCUGCAGAAGCAAAGGCUAAGGAGCUUCAGCGAAUGAAGACUGCAGAAGUUAUAAAGUUUGUGGAACCGAAGCUUCAUAGGGAGGUUGCUUGGACUUCCCCAACAGUAGAGAAGCUGGAGACACCAGUGGCAAAGGAAGUUACCAAAAUUAGAGAACAGCGACAGUUGUUUGAGGCCAAAAAGGGACACAAUGCAGGAGAUACAACAAAUGGUGAGUCGGGAAUGAGGAAAAGAGCAAUAGAUGCUUUGGCCCAGGAGAACGUUUGGUACAGAAAGUACACGAUCAGAGAGAUUGAAGAGGCCACUGAUUACUUCUCACGUUCUCUUAAGAUCGGUGAAGGAGGAUACGGACCUGUUUUUAAAGCCUACCUUGAUCACACUCCUGUGGCCAUCAAGGUCUUGAGACCCGAUGUUUCCCAGGGACUGCAACAAUUCAAGCAGGAGGUUGAGGUACUCAGCCGCAUGAGACAUCCAAACAUGGUCCUCCUUGUGGGUGCAUGCCCCGAGUACGGAUGCCUAGUGUAUGAAUACAUGGACAAUGGUAGCUUAGAAGACCGAAUCUUCUGCAAAAACAACACUCCUCCGAUUUCUUGGAGAAGCCGUUUCAAGAUAGCAGCUGAAAUUGCUACAGGUCUUCUUUUCCUGCACCAGACAAAACCAGAGCCCUUGGUGCACCGUGAUAUCAAGCCCUCGAAUAUCCUGUUGGAUUGCCACUAUGUGAGCAAAAUCAGUGACGUGGGCUUAGCGCGACUGGUACCACCAUCAAUAGCCAAUAGAUUGACUGAGUACCAUAUGACGGCAGCAGCUGGAACAUUCUGUUAUAUUGACCCGGAGUAUCAACAAACUGGAAUGCUUGGAGUAAAAUCAGAUGUGUAUUCUUUUGGUGUGAUGCUGCUGCAGAUCAUCACGGCGAAGCCUCCAAUGGGGCUGGCAAUGCAAGUUGAAGAUGCUAUCGAGGGAGGAACAUUUCCUCAGGUGCUCGAUCCAGCCAUAAACGAUUGGCCAGUGGAAGAAACCUUAUCAAUGGCAAAGAUGGCCUUAAGAUGCUGUGAGCUGAGGAGAAGGGAUAGGCCAGAUCUCGGUUUAGAGGUACUACCAGAGCUGAACCGCCUGAAGGACUUGGGGUUGCAUGACAAAGCUCCUAUCGAGAAGACUCUGUUGUAUAACCCACGUCCGAAUAGUUCAGUGCCUGAGAUGGAAUCACAAGGCCCUCAGGAGCUAAGAGCGUUAGAAACAUAUUCUUUUGAUCACCCUAAACCCCCAAAGCAAAAUCUCCCUGCAAAUGUUCUCUGA